CCAAGUUUUUCAUCGAUAUUCGAACAUCUAAUGUUCAAAUCAUGAUUCACGCGUUUACUUGGAUAUACUAUACAGUAUUUUUUAUAUUAUCAAUAAUAUAUCUUUCAAAUUCUUUAGAUGACUUUGCCAUUGACAACUUUAUGUCAGACCAAUGGCACGAUAUAGCUUCCGUUGAAAAUAAUAACGUGGAUGAUGACGUACAAAUAACUGUCUAUAUAUUGGAUGACAAUCACAAUAUUACAUCACAUAAUGGUAGUAAUUUACGGCAAGAAAAACUAGAGGUAGAAAAUAAAAAAAGACCAAUACCACCAAUGCUAAUGCAAGGAACAGAUGAACAGCGAAGUAAAAAAAAACUUCAACUGAUUGCCAACCCAAACCAAUCGUCACAAUCCACUCAAAAACAAAAAACGACAACUGAAAUGCAUAAUCAAAACGACAAACAAGCGACUUCCACAAAAAUAACCUACAAGAAGAAAAAAGAUUUAGUAGAACGAAGGCAAAUCCUUAACAAUGAUAAUAAAAAACUAAACGAAACAAAAAAACCAAACAAAAUAUCAAAAAAAGAACAGACAAAGCAAGAGGAAGAAGAAAAAGCGAGACAAGAGAAACUGCGUAUUGCACUGGAAAACAAGAAAAAGAGAGAAGAAGCCCAGAUAAAGGAGCAAAAGGAGAGAAAUGAAGAAAUAAUGAAAUUUCUCAAACCAAACAUGUUGAGUACACGGUACAUCUAUGACGAAAUUAUGAGAAUAGAAAGAACUCAUGAGGUAAGGGAUGGCCUUCGCAAAAUGGUGUGGUUUUUAGAGAGGUCAUUUUAUAAAAAAUAUCCUUUGUCACGUAACGUUAUGAAGUGUUAUCAAAACCACAUCAAGUCCGUGCACGAUGCUCUUGAUUUGUGGAAUCAUCGGACUAACAACCUUCUAUACUGGCCUGUUAGGAGCCCGUUCCAUGACAUUGAUUUCAUAUAAGUAGGUGCUUAAUCAGUCGUGGAUGAAGACAAUGAUAACAUUGUAAGUAAUGUUUCCAUAGAGAGCACGGAAACAAAAUCAGUUAAGUACUUACUUAAAGAAAA